AGCUUCACCGCCUUUAUUACACGGUUUCCGCAUUUCUUUUCCAUCAAUUUUAGAUUCCCAGUGCUCGAAGAUCUCUUUUUAUGCCCUCAAACUCAAUUCCCACGCAGAUCUUCUUUCUCUUCCCUGAGAUCUGACGCAAAUCCCAUAUGAAUCGUCCAAAGAUGGAAUCUUUUCAUCAAUUUAGGUUGUGGGUCUUGGCUUUCUGCUUGAUAUUUCAAUCUGGGUAUGGAUUCUACCUUCCGGGUAGUUACCCCCACAAGUAUGCUAUUGGGGAUGACUUGUCGGUUAAGGUGAAUUCUCUUACUUCAAUUGAAACAGAGAUGCCCUUUAGCUAUUAUAGUUUACCCUUUUGUAAGCCUGAGGGUGGUGUCAAGGACAGUGCUGAGAAUCUUGGUGAGCUUCUCAUGGGGGAUCGGAUCGAGAACUCACCUUACAAGUUUAAGAUGUACACGAAUGAGUCUGAGGUAUUCUUGUGUAAAGUGGAUAAGUUGUCAGCAGAUCAGUUCAAGAUCUUGAAGGAGAGGAUUGAUGAGAUGUAUCAGGUUAAUCUGAUACUUGAUAAUUUACCCGCCAUUAGGUUUACCAAGAAGGAGGAGUACUUUCUGAGAUGGACUGGGUACCCUGUUGGUAUCAAGAUUCAGGAUGUGUAUUAUCUGUUUAACCAUCUCAAGUUCAAUGUUCUUGUUCAUAAGUAUGAGGAGACCAAUGUGGCUCGUGUUAUGGGAACUGGUGAUGCGGCUGAGAUGAUCCCGCCAGUUGGUAAGGAGGGAUCUGACAAGCCUGGAUACAUGGUUGUUGGGUUUGAGGUGAUACCUUGCAGUAUUAUGCAUAAUGCUGACUCUGUUAAAAGCUUGAAAAUGUAUAACAAAUACCCAUCUCCUAUCAAAUGUGAUCCAUCCACUGUGGCAAUGCCUGUCAAAGAAGGCCAGCCAAUUGUGUUCACCUAUGAGGUCACCUUUGAGGAGAGUGACAUCAAGUGGCCAUCUAGAUGGGAUGCCUACUUGAAAAUGGAGGGAGCCAAAGUGCAUUGGUUCUCUAUCCUCAAUUCACUUAUGGUGAUCACUUUUCUUGCUGGUAUUGUUCUUGUUAUCUUCCUGAGAACCGUUAGGAGGGAUCUGACCCGUUAUGAGGAGCUUGAUAAGGAGGCUCAAGCACAGAUGAAUGAAGAGUUAUCUGGUUGGAAGCUUGUUGUGGGGGAUGUUUUCCGUGCUCCAUCGAACCCUGCUUUGUUGUGCAUAAUGGUUGGGGAUGGAGUUCAGAUUCUUGGGAUGGCGGUUGUGACAAUAUUGUUUGCUGCACUUGGAUUCAUGUCACCUGCCUCUCGUGGAACACUUAUCUCAGGUAUGCUGUUUUUCUAUAUGAUACUUGGUGUUGCUGCUGGUUAUGUUGCAGUUCGGCUAUGGAGGACAAUUGGCUGUGGUGAUCAGAAGGGCUGGGUUUCAGUUGCAUGGAAGGCUGCAUGUUUCUUCCCUGGUAUUGCCUUUUUGAUCCUCACAACCUUGAACUUCCUAUUGUGGGGAAGCCACAGCACAGGAGCCAUUCCAAUUUCACUCUUUGCUAUACUGCUUUUGCUUUGGUUCUGCAUUUCUGUUCCACUUACCCUUGUUGGUGGGUACUUUGGAGCUAGGGCACCUCACAUUGAGUAUCCAGUUCGAACCAAUCAAAUACCUCGAGAAAUUCCCCAGCAGAGGUACCCAUCAUGGCUUUUAGUUCUAGGUGCUGGCACACUUCCAUUUGGUACCCUGUUUAUCGAGCUCUUCUUUAUCAUGUCCAGUAUUUGGAUGGGUCGUGUUUACUAUGUCUUUGGAUUUCUCUUCAUUGUUUUGAUUCUACUCGUGGUGGUUUGUGCUGAGGUAUCUCUUGUUCUAACCUAUAUGCACCUCUGUGUGGAGGAUUGGAGAUGGUGGUGGAAAUCAUUCUUUGCCUCCGGUUCUGUUGCCAUAUACAUCUUUUUAUACUCCAUAAACUAUCUUGUAUUUGAUCUCAAGAAUCUGAGUGGGCCUGUCUCUGCAACUCUCUACUUGGGAUAUUCACUCUUCAUGGUUCUAGCAAUCAUGUUGGCUACAGGCACAGUUGGGUUCCUCUCUUCAUUCUGGUUCGUGCAUUACUUGUUCUCUUCGGUCAAGUUGGAUUGAAGACUUAAACAGUGUCAAGAAUUAGCUCUGCAGAGUACAGUUUUUAUCGGGAGGACCCUUGGAAAUGUUCAAUUUACAUGUUACUUUAUUUCAGUUCAUUUUGUUAGGGAACGUAGUAAAUUUUAUAACAAAAUAAUUUUAUCCAGUUUUGCUUAAUUCAUUGUUAGAUGUAAUAUCAUUGCAUUCUGAAUACUGUACUUGGCCGUUGAUGUUGGGGAAUGUAAUUCAGAUCUUC